AUGCUUUUGGCGCCACCCCAGCAGCAGCAGCAACAGCAGCAGCAGCAACAGCAGCAACAGCAGCAGCAGCAACAGCAGCAACAGCAGCAGCUGCGACUCAGCACCCGCCUGGCAGCGGCAGCACAAAGCGGGCCUUCCACGAUCUGCAACUGCGUCCGCGAGGCCCCGCUGGACAUGCCCCUCACAGUUGCGCAGCUGCGGAAUUUAACUCUUUCGAAACUUGUGCAAAGAAUAUCCAACCGGCAGCAGCACCUGCUGGCGUACCGCAUCUGCGACUACUCGGGACUUUCUUCUCGAUCUGUUUUUGUUUCUUGGGCUCUUCAAAAGAUCCUUUUGAACUCUUCUUUGACAGAUGAGGCUUUAGCUGCUGCAGUCUGCAGCAGAAUGCAUGCAGCAGCAGCAGCAACGCCCGCAGCAGCAGCAGCAGCAGCAGCAGCAGCAGCAGCGGCGGCGGCGGCGGCGGCGGCGGGCGCAAAGGGCGCAGACACAGCUGCGGGGCCCCACACGCAGCAGCAGCAGCAGCAGCAGCAGCAGCUGCUGCUGCUGCAGCAGCAGCUGCUGCAGCAGCCGCUGCCCUUCGCCCAGCUGGCCCUUUGUGCUGCUCAGGCGGGGCGGCCUGUGCUGGCCACUCGUCUUGCUGCCUUCGAGGAAGAACCCAAAGCGCAAGUGACUUUGCUGCUGAAGCUGGCUAAGGUCCCUUUGGCUACAAAGAAAGCAGCAGAAACAGCAGACUCGGAUUUGCUGCUGCUGUGCAUUGCUGCUGCUCUUGCUGCAGAUGCAGACACCGUAGAUGGGCGGGUGGACAUGAGUCAGUUGGUGGAAGCUCUUAAGGAUAAACCCGCAGCACAAAGUGCUUUUGAGAUUUACUGCAAACAAACGGGGCAGCUGCAGCUACUGGAGCAGUACUACGAGCGGGUGGCUGCAGCGGAGGAGGCGGGUUUGUGCUGCUUGUGUCUGUCUGAAGCAGCAGCAGCAGCAGCAGCAGCAGCAGCAACAGCAGCAGCAGCAGCAGCAAGCUGGGAGCAGCAGCGCGGCUGGCUAGCUUACUCGGGGGGCUUUUUCGCAGCAGCAAAAGAGACUGACGUUUUUGCUGCUGUGGCGCAUGCAGAAGCCCUUGGGGCUUUGGAACUCCUGGCCAUCCAGAGAGACUUGGAGGUGAAGGCCAACACAAGUGGGUGGUUAGGGCCCCCCCACAACUUCAUGGGUUUGUCUUUGAUGCAAACAAUUCGCCAACUCAUUCUCAAGAUGGAACUGGCCGAGGCGGACCAUUUGAAGAAAAUCUUCAAAGUCAGCGACAGCCGGUACUGGAGGUGCAAGAUCGACGCGCUUGCGGACGCACUCAACUUUGACGAGCUCCAGGCCUUCGCGCGUUUUCGAACAUCUCCAAUUGGCUACGAGCCUUUUGUGGAGGCCUGUUUAAGGAAAGGAAACAAAGAACUAGCCCGUAAACCCUAA